AUGGAUCUGACAAGACAACAUCGAAUGCAUCAUAACAUGAAAUGUAAGUAUUUUUUCAGUUUUUUUUGGAAUUUGUUCGUUUGCAAUAUUGAAGCUUCUGACUUCCGGUUUGAAAAUGAGUAAGCAUAAAAUUGGAAAAAGGGUGGAAAAACAUAAGUACGGUAAUUCUUGGAACCGAAACAUUAGAAAUGGAAUUUUUUUAAUCAUGCGUUGUUCACGUUAAAAAUUAAUUUUUAAUUUAUGUUAAAUUUUUUUUCGAAAGUAGGAAACAAAAUUUCAAAAAAUCAUCACGAUUUCAAUUUUUCCAAUAAUUUUUUUCGUGUUUUCGAAAAUGACGAAAAUGAAAAUUGGAUAAAAAUUCAAAAACUUUGGAUUAAUAUUUUUAGAAUCAAAAAAAUUUUGUGAAAUAAGCUAGAACAAAAAAAAUGAUUUCCAGAACAAACUUGAAAUUCCGAAUUUUUCUAGCUCACAACAAAUCAAUAAACACAUUUCAAAAAUGUGCAUUAGCAAAUGAAAACGGUGAUAUUCCAUGGUAUUCUCUUCAAUCAACAAUAACUCUUUUGAAUUUAUCCGCAAUUUUUGCCAAUAUAUUUUUCAUGUUUGUUUGUCGAGUAAGUUUCAUCUACCUAACCAACAAUUUGAUUACCAAAAAAAACGAGAACUUCUUUUUUCAGAAAGCUGGUGUAAUGCAUAAAAAUACAAGUGCAAUGUUGGCAACAAUUUCAUUUUGUUUCGCUGUAAAUGCUUCCGCUGGUCUUCUUUAUAAUAUCUACUUUUUCUAUAUUGGAUUCUUUGGAUUCACUGAAUAUCCAAUUCAUAGGUUAAUAUAUUUCUUACUGUAUCUAUAGAGCGAAAAACAAAGAAAAACUAAAGUUUUCAGCAAUUGGUGUUCAUUGAUAAAUUCUCUAAUGGUCCCUUGGGAUGUGGCUACUUGUGUUUUAAUGGUUGGUGUUGGAUCAGAAAGACUUAUUGCAACUAAAAAACAUAUGCCAAGUGGAACAAUUAGUGGAUAUGUUAAGGGAAUUUUCAUAUUUGAUGCUUUUGCUGCCAUUAUGGUUACUGUCAAUUAUGUUAUGAAUUUAACGUAUGCUUUGAAUCUAAAUAAUAAAUAGAAAAUUAUAAAUAUUUUCAGAGAUCAAGGUGUUUGUAUUUGUGACGGUGCUUCACUUGCUGAAAGAAGAUCAAUGUUCAUCCGAAUAUUUACAUGUGCAAUUGUUGAAACUGGAACUAUUUCACUUUUUGGUUAUGUUCACAUUUUAUCUCGAAACAAAGCUGAUAGUUUGGGUAUCAAUACAGCAAAAUAUUGUUUGUCCCAAAGAUUCCAGGUAAGAAUUGUAUUCCAAGUCAUCUGGAUAUAUUCAUAAAUAUUUAAAUAGAUUUAUGAAACAUAUCGUACAACUCAUAUGUUAUUGCCAUCAGCAGUUCUUCAUGCAAUUCUUUAUUUGUCAUAUUUGUGUUUGCUAAUUCCAAUUCGAGAUUUGAGAGCAGAACCAAAUCUCACAUUAUUGCAGUUCAAUUUAUCUACAAUUAUUUUCACUUUUCCAUCAAUUCAUGCUCUCGCACAUCCAUUAGUCAGUUUAUUUUCUCAUUCUUUUUUUUUCAAAUAUCUUUUCUUUUUUUUUGCAGAUUUGUAUGUCUCGUCAUUAUUAUUUACGUAAUCGUGUUUCUGAAAUGCUUCGAAAUACUUGUUCAUCCCGCCUUCCUGAUAUUGCACAUCAAACUGAACAACAAAGACAACAUUUGACAACUCAUAAAACAACUCCAGAAAUGAGCAGCAAUCAUAGUUUUCGAUCUGAUUGUGCACGUGUUGAAUUUCGAAUUGCGCCAGAAAAACACGCAGAAAUUCUUGAAAGUUUUUGGGAGACUAAAAAAUCAUAA